AUACACGAUACACCACCAGAAAACCCAAUCUCUCUGCAAACAAAACACACACAGUACACCGGACAAAACGCCGAUCUCCGUCGUCUAUUCUUCUUCUCACGGCGGCUAGGGUUUCAUCUUCUUCAUCAGAUCCAACUUUUCACACACAAACCAUCUCAUUUCCUCUGAUCUCUUACUUCAUUCAAAUCAGAUCGUGCAUUUUCACAAUAAUCAGAUGAGAAUGCCCGAACGAUGAGCAAUCACAUAACCGAAGACAACGAAGAUAACGACUGUUUCCACGACUCUCUUGAUCGGUUACUCUCUUCCGCCACUUGCUCCUCUUCUUCCUCGUGCUCCGUUUCCGAACACGAAGAUAAUAAUAAUAAUAAUAAGGAUGACGAUGAUACAGGAGGUUUGAUUGAUUCGAAUUGCAUUCCUAUACCUAGGUUUCCGAUGGGCGUUAUUGACAAUUACGAUGUCUGGAUCUCACGCCCGUCGUCCGUCGACGAACGCCGUAUGCGGCUGCUCCGCCGCAUGGGACUCAGCCGUGACUCAUCUCUAUUCCGCCGGAAACAUUCUCUCUCCUCCACGUCAGAUCAGUUACAGGUUUUGGUUUCUAAUUCUUCUAACCCUAGCUUCACUCGUUCAACACCUGCUGGUUAUCAACAUUUUAAUUGUAAUAAUAAUAGUUCUACAAAUUCACCUGUUACUGAUCCUGUUACUGUAUUAAAGAAAUCUGUAAGUAGCAAUGUUGAUAAUCCUGUUGUUAGUGUUAGUGUUAAUGGUGAUUUGGAUAGUAUACCGGUUGCAAAUUUGGAUUUGGAGACUAGAAAUGACGGUGAAGUAGUGGAAACCGGUUGUUCGGAUGAUGCGGUUUGUUUAAUUAAGAAUCUGGAUAAUGGGAAGGAGUUUGUGGUGGAUGAGGUUAGAGAGGAUGGAAUGUGGGGGAAGCUUAAGGAAGUUGGAACGGAGAGGCGGUUAACGAUGGAAGAGUUUGAAAUGUGCGUUGGGCGUUCACCGAUAGUUCAGGAGUUGAUGAGAAGGCAGAAUGUGGAGGCUGGUGAUAGGGAUUUGUUGGAGGGUAACGACGGUGGGAACGGGUCUGGUUUGAAGAAGAAAAGUGGUUGGUUGAAGAACAUUAAGAAUGUAGCGAGUUCGGUUGCGGGGUAUAGGGAAAGAAGAAGUAGUGGUGAUGGAGAUACUUCGUCGGAAAAAGGUGGAAGGCGGUCUAGUUCCGCGACUGAUGAUAGUCAAGAUGUUUCAUUUCAUGGUCCGGAGAGGGUACGGGUUAGACAGUAUGGGAAAUCGUGUAAAGAUUUAACAGCUUUGUUUAAAAGCCAGGAGAUACAGGCGCAUAGUGGAUCGAUCUGGACGAUUAAGUUUAGUUUGGACGGGAAGUAUCUUGCUAGUGCCGGUGAGGAUCGGGUUAUUCACGUCUGGCAAGUUGUGUCACUAGAAAGAAAAGGUGACCUUUUGUUUGAUAAGCAAGAAGAUGGAAAUUUGAAUGGUUUAUCAUUGUUAAAUGGGUCACCGGAACCAGGUUUGGCAUCACCAAAUAGCCAAGUUGAAAAGAAGAAAAGAGGGAGGUUAUCGAUUGGCAGAAAAUCUACGAGUUUGGAUCAUAUCGUGGUGCCGGAAACCAUGUUUGGGCUCUCGGAGAAACCGUUUUGUUCUUUUGAAGGACAUCUGCAUGAUGUGCUUGACUUGUCAUGGUCCAAAUCUCAGCAUUUGCUUUCAUCCUCGAUGGACAAAACCGUGCGGUUGUGGCAUUUGUCUAACAAGUCGUGUUUGAAGAUAUUUUCUCACAAUGACUACGUAACUUGCAUUCAGUUCAAUCCCGUUGAUGAUAGAUAUUUCAUAAGCGGGUCACUUGAUGCUAAAGUACGCAUAUGGAGCGUUCCUGAUCAUCAAGUCGUUGAUUGGAAUGAUAUGAAUGAAAUGGUCACUGCUGCUUGCUAUACACCAGAUGGUCAGGCUGCACUUGUUGGUUCAUACAAAGGGAACUGCUGUUUAUACAACACAACUGAAAAUAAGUUACAGCAAAAAAGCCAAAUCAAUCUGCGGAACAAAAAGACGAAUUCCCGUCAUAGGAAGAUAACUGGUUUUCAGUUUGCGCCGGGUACUACAUCAGAAGUGCUCGUGACAUCUGCAGAUUCACGUGUUCGUGUUGUUGACGGCCUUGAUUUAGUUCACAAGUUUAAAGGAUUUCGCAACACAAACCGACAAGUUUCAGCCUCGGUGACUUCAAACGGGAGAUAUGUGGUUUGUGCAAGUGAGGAUUCCCACGUUUACGUUUGGAAACAUGAAGGUGAUGCGCGUGCUAGCAGACACAAAGGUGUAACCGUUACUCAUUCUUAUGAGCAUUUCCAUUGUCAAGAUGUAUCAAUAGCCAUUCCGUGGCCCGGUAAAACCGACACUUGGGGUUUCCAAAACGGGCUUUCCGGAGAACCCAAUAGGCUCGCCACCGACCACUUUGAUGACAUUUCAGCAAUGAACCAUCCACCAACUCCCGAAGAUCAAAUUGGUAGCAGCCCGUUUCAUGGAAUCAUUACUAGUGCAAGCAACGGGUACUUUUUCGAUCGGUUUUCUGCCACAUGGCCCGAGGAAAAACUUGUUUCGGCUUUGAAGAACCCGAAUAAACUUACAAGUGCUGAUUUUACAAAUGGGUCGAGCUUGAGUAAGUCGGGGUGGGGUAUGGUGAUUGUGACGGCUGGGCUUCAUGGGGAAAUUAGAACGUUCCAAAAUUUUGGACUGCCAGUUCGAAUAUAGACGGGCUGAACUAGUUUUGACAUAAAGGUGCAAGGACCUUUGGGAUGGGUUCAUCGGGUUCAUCUGCAACACCGCCACAAGUGAAUCGAGUUCAUUCUUGUGUGAAUCGGGAUGGAUUUUUGUCUGGUGAACCCAGGAGUGAUACCAAAGAAGCACGUGGGAAAAGGGUUGGAAAUUGGGUUCGGGUUCAAAAGGGUUUCAAUGAGGUGUCACUGUACGGUUGUUUCGUUGUUUUAGGUUCGUUGGGGUCAUCAGGUAACACCCGUCACACCCUAAGGCCCGGCCCGAGUUUGCGAGGCUUGUUAUUCGGAAAUUUGUAUAGAUGUUUCCUUGAUUUGUAAUAUUUUAGCAUAUAUGGUGUAAAAGGAAUUAGAGUUGGUUAGGGAAAAAGUACAAGGAAAUUGAAAAGAAAAAUGAAGACAAUUAUCGGUUUGGUAGAGUUAAUAUCAAAUUGGAAUUAGAGUUAAUUGCCAUUUAUGUGUGUA